GCUUAACAUCACACAUCGCUCACUCACUCACACACAUCUUCUGAUCCUUUGUUCAACUGCGUGUGAGCGAUUCUCUCAACAAAUCUGUAACCGAUAAACAAUGGCCUCACACCUUUGCAAAUCCGCUUCCAGAGCCGCCAGGUCUCUUCUCUCCGCUUCUUUUCACUCUCAAGGACGUGCCGUUGCGGCGGCUGCAGCUGUUUCAUCUAUCACAAAAGUGCCGGUUUUUGCUUCAAAUUAUGGGAGAACCGGUUCUUCUGGAAAUGGAUCUACCUCAUGGAUUGCAGGAGCACUUGCUCUUCCUGCUGCAGCUUACAUGGUCCAAGAUCAGGAGGUGCAAGCCGCUGAGCUGGAGCGCACUUUCAUUGCCAUUAAGCCUGAUGGAGUGCAGAGAGGGCUGAUUUCAGAGAUUAUAUCUCGGUUUGAGAGGAAAGGAUACAAGCUUGUGGGAAUUAAAGUAACUCAUCCUACAAAGGAAUUUGCCAAACAGCAUUAUCACGACCUGAAAGAAAGACCCUUCUUUGAUGGGUUGUGUGACUUCUUGAGCUCUGGCCCUGUUAUUGCAAUGGUGUGGGAAGGACAGGGAGUUAUUACCUACGGCCGUAAACUAAUUGGAGCCACAGAUCCACAGAAAUCAGAGCCUGGAACCAUUAGGGGUGAUCUGGCUGUUGUUGUUGGAAGAAAUAUCAUCCAUGGGAGCGAUGGUCCAGAGACGGCUAAGGAUGAGAUUAAGUUGUGGUUUAAGCCAGAAGAAUUGGUUAGUUUCACAAGCAAUUCAGAGAAAUGGAUUUAUGGUGACAACUAAGCUGAUUGUGUUUUUGUACUCCCUUCUAGAUGAUUGAGUUUUUGGAAUAAAGUAUUUGUCAGUUACGGCAACACUGAACUCUACAAGCCACCAAUAAGAGAGGUUGAGUAUCAUAAUGUUAGCAGUAGCAUAUAGUUUUUAUCAUAGGAUUUGUAUUAUUUCAUUAUCUUCCUUCUUCAGUCUGGUGAAGACAAUUUGUGACAAUGUAUUUGUUUGAUGUUACCAAUAAGUCAAAACAGGUCAGCAAUAUUUUUUUGAAAAAGGAAUGAUGAUAACUUUUUUUAAGUGAAGGGAUGAUGAUCAUUUGGUUAUCCUAGUGAAGGGAUAAUGCUAA